UAAUAAAAAGAGCGUAACGAACAAGUUGGAAGGGAAAAAAUUGCUAUCUCCACAUUCGGAUAAUUCACAAAAAAGAAGUGACGAGGAAGAUAGCGAAUCAAUCAAGCAAGAAACCAUUGGAAAUCCUCACGAUAGCACUUUGCUAAAUGUAGAAGAUGUAUACAGCGUUCGAAUUAAAAAUAGAAAGAUGGAGUUCUUGGCUAGCUUGAAAAACGCCUCGCCACAGUGGGUAGAAGAGUCCAACAUACGAAGAACAGGACAUCUAAACAUAAAAGUAAACGAUUUUAAAAAAUACAUACGGAGAAAAAAAACAUUCAAGGGAAAUAGAAUUGUUAUUAAAAAUUUGCACAACGUUGGAGACGAGUUGUACAUUUCGGUUAUACACAACAUAAAUAACAAAGAAAUUCACAGCUUGUACCCUUCGAAAGUUAUUGAAUACAUAUACCCACAAGAACUUUUAAAUUUUCUGUUGUCAAGACUUCGAUAUAGAACGGCCUA